AUGACACCUUAUUUGGGUGCCGAUAGCAAUGGCACGACUCAAUCGGCCGACAAUACUCUCCUGAGUGGUACACGAACUGCUCUGGAGCACCUCCUGGGUCGAGCAGAGGGUUACAUUCCUGAUGAAGCCCUUCAACACAUAUCAAAUGUACAUUUCGCUACGGCCAACACCGGAAGCCCCUACUACCCAAGCCCACUCAAGCAGACUGAAGCUAUAUCCGCCUUAAAAGCGGUCGAGGGAGGAAUUGCUGCUAUGAUCGCAAACCUAUCGGAAUCAUCACACCGAAGUAUCAAUGUAGACCUUGAACGAGCCUCCGCAUUUUUGUUCUCGACCUACUUGGCGACCAUCGCAGGGAUGGACAAGGCUAAUCCCAAUUCCAAGAAACUUCUGAAAGAUACGGAUUUGCUAAAAGCACAAUCGAUAACAUAUCGAAGACUGUCUGCCAAUCUCUAUGAAACCAAAAACCCCGGACAAUAUUUCCAUUUGCACGGCUCUCUCGAGGCUACAAAAGCCCUUAACAUGAUAGGACUCGAAGGUCACCGACCGGAUCUCACCGAUUACCAUGAGUGCAUCAAGAUAAUCGAGGAUCAUGUCAAGCAAUUCACCGUGGACGAACUCGAAGAAAUGAACGCAAAAAUCAAGCAAGCUGGCGUUACAUGUCUCAAGUGGGAAGAUUUCAAAGCUACACAACACGGCCAGCAAAUGCUGCAAGAACCACCUUGGAAGAUAGAGACCCUGGAAACGACCACUCCUGCAGUUCCCUUCCCACAAAAGUCAUCCGCGGCACCCAAACCACAGAUUAUGUCCGGCAUUCGUGUCCUAGAAAUGUGUCGGAUCAUUGCUGGCCCGGCCAUGGGUCGUGGUCUUGCCGAGUACGGUGCCGACGUCAUCAAAGUCACUUCGCCAAACCUCUCCGAUGUGCCUUUCUUCCAAGUAGAUGGAAAUCUAGGAAAACACACCACCGACCUUGACCUUCGAAAUCCAGAAGAACGAGCAAAGUUUGAAGAGUUGCUCCAAUCCGCAGACGUCGUCCUUGACGGUUAUCGACCUGGAGCUCUCAAACGGCUCGGCUACGGCCCUGAGCGGCUCAACGAGAUUGCGAAAGAACGCCAACGUGGAUUUGUCUACGUCGCUGAAAAUUGUUUCGGCCAUGUUGGACCGUGGGCAUCGCGGCCUGGAUGGCAGCAAAUCGCGGAUUGUGUCUCAGGCGUGGCAUGGGCACAGGGCUUCGGCAUGGGCCUCGACGAGCCUGUAGUGCCGCCGUUUCCCAUGAGUGACUACGGAACAGGGUGCAUGGGAACUAUUGCUGCCCUGACUGGGUUAUACAAUAGAGCAAAGUACGGUGGAAGUUAUCACGGCACCACAUCUCUGGUUCAGUACGACAUCUUCCUGCUACAGCUCGGACUAUACGAUGACGAGAUGAUGAAGAAAUUAAGGGAAGAGCACAACAAAGAGUUCUUCGACUUGCGACACAACGAUUCUGUGGAUGAGGUCGGCAAGCGUGCAUUGAGCACUAUGAGGAGGACGCACCCUGAGCUAUUCGAAGAGCGACACAUGCAGACGUGUUUCAGCAAAGCUUUCAAUGCCGAGGUGCGAACAAUCAGGCCUGUGGUGGAAGUGGAGGGAACAUGGAACGGAUUCCUAAGGAGUUCAAGGCCAAAUGGAUAUGACCAACCGACCUGGGAGGGCUGGGAGGUCGACGCGGAUAUGUUACAAUGA